GAAAAAUUGGUUUGAGAAACGCAGUCCCACUUCCCGACAGCCGCUGGGGGUUGCCGUUUCUAAAAGCAAUUAGCAAACUCGGCUCCUCUCCGAGGCAAUUGCCACAGCUGCACUCUUACUACACCUAAAACCUAAACGUAAGCCAAAAAAUGGAAAAUGAAACAGCGGAGCCUCCUCCAGACAACCUUAACAACGUCAUCUCCGAAGAAUCCUCACCGGAAACCGAUCUCACUCUCUCUCCAACCCAACGAGAAACCCAUAUUACCAACGAUCCUCAAAACUCUCCUGAAACCCAAUCUCCACCGCCCAACACGACACUUGACGCUCCCGUUUCCGACUCUCAAGAAGACGAUUCUUCCGAGCAACCCUUAAAUCCAAAUUCUACAGACGCAGCUGCUCCACCACCUAAGAAACGACGCCGUAGGAAACGCUUCUUCACCGAAAUCAACGCCAAUCCUUCCUUCCGCCGUCACAGGGUAGCUGGAGGUCUGGCUAAAGAAGUAGAUGUUGAAGCAUUGAUCGCGAUUUCAGUUGGGUUUCCCGUGGAUUCUCUAAGCGAAGAAGAAAUUGAGGCAAAUGUUGUGUCUACAAUUGGUGGGACCGAGCAGUCUAAUUAUAUCGUUGUUCGGAAUCAUAUUCUUGCCCGCUGGAGAUGGAAUGUGUCCAUUUGGUUAACGCGAGAGCACGCACUCGAGUCCAUUCGCGCAGAGCAUAAGAAUUUGGUGGAUUCUGCUUAUGAUUUUCUGCUAGAACAUGGAUACAUCAAUUUUGGAGUUGCCCCUCCAAUUAAAGAGGCGCAAAUGGGGAGGUGUGAAAGGGUCCAGAAAGCAAAUAUUGUCGUAGUAGGUGCUGGUCUUGCUGGACUAGUUGCCGCAAGGCAGUUAGUGGGUAUGGGUUUCAAAGUGGUUGUUUUAGAAGGUAGAGCGCGAGCUGGUGGUCGUGUUAAAACGAUGAAAAUGAAGGGUGAUGGAGUGGUGGCUGCAGCUGAUUUGGGUGGGAGUGUACUGACUGGAAUUAACGGGAAUCCACUUGGAGUUCUUGCAAGGCAAUUGAGUUUACCACUUCAUAAGGUGAGAGAUAUUUGUCCUUUAUAUUUGCCUGAUGGAAAAGCAGUAGAUAAAGAGAUUGAUUCUAGUGUAGAAGUUUCUUUUAAUAAGUUGUUAGAUAGAGUUUGUAAGCUUAGACAGGCUAUGAUUGAGGAAGUUAAAUCUGUUGAUGUUAAUUUAGGGACCGCCCUUGAAGCUUUUAGGCAUGCUCAUAAAGUAGCUGAGGAUCCAAUUGAGAGAAUGUUGUUAAAUUGGCAUCUUGCAAAUUUAGAGUAUGCUAAUGCUUCAUUAAUGUCUAAUUUGUCUAUGGCAUAUUGGGAUCAGGAUGAUCCUUAUGAGAUGGGAGGUGAUCACUGUUUUAUUCCUGGAGGUAAUGAUACUUUUGUUCGAGAGCUUGCAAAGGACCUUCCUAUUUUCUAUGAGAGAACUGUGGAGAGUAUUAGAUACGGAGUGGAUGGGAUUAUUGUUUAUGCAAGUGGGCAGGAGUUCCACGGUGACAUGGUGCUUUGUACAGUGCCAUUGGGUGUGCUUAAGAAAGGAUCCAUUGAAUUUUUCCCUGAGCUUCCACAAAGAAAGAAAGAUGCAAUUCAGAGGUUAGGAUAUGGGCUAUUAAAUAAGGUGGCCUUGUUGUUCCCUUAUAAUUUUUGGGGUGGAGAGAUAGAUACAUUUGGGCAUUUAACUGAAGAUUCGAGUAUGAGAGGUGAAUUCUUUCUGUUUUACAGUUAUUCUUCUGUUUCAGGGGGUCCACUUCUAAUUGCUCUUGUUGCUGGAGAGGCUGCUGUUAAAUUCGAGACAAAAUCUCCAGUGGAGUCUGUUAGAAGGGUGCUCCAAAUUUUGCGAGGUAUCUUCCAUCCUAAAGGGAUUGCUGUUCCAGACCCAGUUCAGGCAGUCUGUACUCGCUGGGGAAAAGAUUGCUUCACGUAUGGGUCAUACUCAUAUGUAGCAGUUGGGUCUUCAGGAGAUGAUUAUGAUAUCCUUGCUGAGAGUGUUGGAGAUGGAAGGGUUUUCUUUGCAGGAGAGGCAACAAACAAACAGUAUCCGGCAACUAUGCAUGGAGCUUUUUUAAGUGGCAUGAGAGAGGCUGCUAAUAUAUUGAGAGAGGCCAAGAAGAGAUCUUUGGCUUUGACUGACAAAGUAAAUAAUGACGUGGAGGAAGAUGAUUUGACCAAGUUAUUUGACAUUCCUGAUCUAACAUUCGGAAGCUUUUCCAUUCUGUUCGACCCCAGGACAAAUGAUCUGGAAUCUCUUUCAUUAUUGAGAGUCAAAUUCCAAGGGCCAAAGUUAGAUUCUUGCUUUUUAUGUCUUUAUGGUUUGCUGUCCAGGAAGCAGGCAAUUGAGCUGUGUGAGUUAGAUGAUGAUGGGAAGAGAUUGAAAACAUUGUAUCUCAGCUUUCAGGUAAAACUGGUUGGACGGAAAGGCUUGUCUCAUGUUGGGGAUGAUCUUAUCGCGCACAUCAAGGAAGCAAGGGCCAGACUAGGUGUUUGAAUUUGAGAUUGUCGGGUGAGAAUUGAAACCUAAGGUCUCUCUUGUUCUCUGUCCUACAACUGAACGAGCCUAGUUUCUUAAAUUCUCAGAGUCUUGACUUUCUUUUGAUUGGAGCUGGGUUGAUUUAGAUUAGAGUCAAUUGUUUGGAUAACAGAUCAGGUAUCUACAAAUUCAUUUCCAAGUCAAUUAUGAUUAACAUUGAUUUAAUAUAUCUUAUCUAGAUAGUCUUUUUGGGCUGUAAUCCAAACAUUGAUUUGGGGGUAAUCAAGAUUUUACUCUCUAUAUCCCGAAUAGGUGAAUUUUCUAAUAUUACUGGUCAGAUGGUACUUGGCACUCUUAUUGCACUAGUUGUCUAAUUGCUUGCAAAUAUUUCAAGGAGUUGGAGCUGAUUUUAUGCCUGUAAAGAGUCUGUAUUUGACUAAUCAAUAUAGUAUAUGAAAAGGAGGCACAAAUUUUUAUGUUA